AUGAGUACUGCUGCUGCUGCGUUUGCUGCCUUCUCCUUCGGUCCUUCCCAGUGUCAAUUAUGCCAAGCUGAUGGGUCUUCCUGCUCAACAUCAAAUGGGAUCACGAGUGGUUGGAUGAAAAACACUAUUGACACUAGUACUGAUGUUCUCAGCUCAAGGUCUGGAAUUCCGAUCUCGGGAUCAGGAUCAUUAUUCCCUUGGUCAAGCAGAGGACGUGAUCUGGGACAUUUGAAAGUGUCGGUUGCUGCUGAUUAUUCUGAUUCAUCAUUUCCCGACUCGCCUAGUUAUACAAGUGCAAGAGGGUAUCAUCCUCUGGAAGAAGUGAUGGUCAGUAGAAGGAGACCAGAACCUCAGCUGACACCAGCUGAGAUUGCAAGAACAACUGUCGAGGCUAACAGCAGCGCUCUGGUGGUCUUUCCUGGAAUAGUACACCGUGAACCACAUGAAGAAAUCACAUGGGCGGAGUUACAGUAUGUUGUUGAUGAUUAUGGAGAUAUAUAUUUUGAGAUUUUUGAUGAUAAGAACGUCUUGCGAGAUCGUCAAGCUAUUAAUCCUGUGAAUGCUUUUAUUGGGAUGGACGUCCCGAUAUAUGAGAAUAGAAGAGUUGCGAGCGAUUAUGACAUAUUCAGUGUCAGAGAUGCAGACGAUAUACCCAUGGACAAUGACUUUUUUCCGAUCAUGGAUUACAAAGCCUCUGAUGUUCCAGUUGACUGGGGGAUGCCAGACACUUGUACUUGGGUUCAUCCAAUUCAUUUUGCCAAGUGCUUAUCAAAGGCUAUUGAUACCGAGCAUGGUAUAAAAAAGGGUUAUCCAUCAAAUGGUGUUUCUAUUGUUGGGUGCCUCAGAUCUGCUUUUGAUGAUGAGGAAGCAUACUUCAGAUCAGUAUGUUAUUCUGAAGAUAGCGAUGGCUACAGUUCAGAUUCCAGAGAUGGGGAGAUCCCGAAUUUAAGCUCCAAAAAGGACGUGUCUAGAGCCUCAACUAUUUAUCGGUUCGAGAUCAUCAGUAUAGAGAUUUUUUCUGUAUAUGGUACUCAGAAACCAAUUGGAUUUUCGGAAUUUCAAAAUGCCGAGGCUGAUGUCCUUCUAAACUGUGUGUCAACAAUCCUAGAACGCCUCGAUGAUAGAGGAAUUGACCUUGAUUCUGCUCUUAAAGCUCUUUGCAAGAAAAAAGGCAUUGAUAGCGAGGAGGCUCAUUUGAUUGGAGUUGAUAGCCUUGGCUUGGAUGUUAGAAUUUCCUCUGGAGUGGAAGUACGAACUCAUCGUUUUCCCUUCAAAGUCCAUGCUAGAUCAGAAGUUGCUGCAGAGAAACAGAUUCACCAACUAUUAUUCCCACGGUCUCGUAGGAAGAAACGAAAUCAAGGCGACAGGCUAAGGGACUCGAGAUCACACUGA